AUAUAGUUUAGUACGUUUUUGUUUUAUAUGAUUUUAUAUUACAUUAUACUAGAUUUGCUAGUACAUAGAAUUCCACUGUAGUUCAUCUUUUUGUCUGAGUGGGCCGCUGUUCGUCAACACUUGGGUUGUGUCUAUUUAAAUCCUCCUCUCUUUGAAUACUUAAUAUCAGUGAGAAAAGAUAAAAGCGUCUGCUGGGUUUGUGUUUGGCUUGUGGUUUUAUCCAUUUCGGGGACACUGGUGUUUUUGUUUUACACAUUUACAGACCAUAGACAAGUAUGCAUGAUUUUUCUUUUUUUUUUGGCGAUAACAAGCUCAACUGGGUAAAUAUGAGUUCUGCUAUGUUCCUUGCUAUACGCUUUGUCCUCGUCCUUUCUUUUCACUCUGCGGUCGGCCAGGUCAGUUAUUCCAUUCCUGAAGAAAUGGCAAAAGGAUCGAUAGUUGGAAACAUUGCUCAAGAUUUAGGACUGGAUUUAAAACGCUUAACAUCUGGGAAAGCGCGUAUAUUUACAGAGGACAGCGCUGAAUACAUCGACCUGGACAGAGAGAGGGGUCUGCUUCUUAUUAAAAGAAAAAUAGAUCGUGAGUCUCUUUGUGCAAAAACGACCCCAUGUGCUCUACAUCUGCAGACGAUUCUCGACAACCCGAUGGAAAUGUACACGAUUACCGUUGAAGUCACGGACAUAAACGAUAACGCGCCUAUUUUUCCAAAAAAUGACAUUAGGUUUGAGAUAAGCGAGACAGCUGUAACUGGGGCGCGGUUUAUGCUUGGGAGAGCUGUAGAUGCGGACGUGGGAAUCAAUGGACUUCAAAGGUAUUCACUUAAACCGACGGAUAAUUUUAAUUUAGAACUGCACGAUCAAGCAGAUGGUGGUAAAAACGUUGAGAUUGUUUUACGGAAACCUCUUGAUAGAGAAAAGGACGAUGUACUUGAAAUGAUGUUGUCAGCAUUUGACGGAGGUGAUCCUUUGUUAUCUGGAACCGCCCAGAUACAUAUUAGAGUGUUGGAUGCCAACGAUAAUGCUCCAGUUUUUAUGCAGAGGACUUAUAAAGCAAUAAUAACUGAAAACUCAGAAAGUGGAACCAAAUUGACCACUGUAAGCGCCUCGGAUGCAGAUGACGGUUCCAACAGUCAUGUUACGUAUCACGUUUCUGACACAGUGGACAGCCAUGUCGCCGAUAUGUUUUUCUUAAAUCAGCAAACUGGUGAUCUGUUCCUUAAAAGCCAGGUUGACUAUGAACAGGCGACAUAUUACCAGCUUGACAUCCAGGCUAGAGAUGCAGGUGGACUCUCUGAUUCUUGUAAGGCAGUUAUUGAAGUGUUGGAUGUUAACGAUAACCAGCCAUUAAUUAGCAUUCUUUCAAUGUCAAGUUCUGUAUCUGAGAUGUCUAAGAUUGGUACUGUAGUUGCCAUGAUGAAAGUGAAUGACCCAGAUUCGGAUAUGAAUGGAAAAGUGCAGUGCACAGUCAGUGAGAAUGUUCCGUUUUCUAUUAUAACUCCGUCAAACAAUUUCUUUAGCUUGCGCACAGAGCAGGAAUUGGACAGGGAGAGAGAUUAUGAGUAUAAUAUCACUGUGAUGUGCUCUGAUGAAGGGGUUCCCUCACUCUCCAGCAGCGUUUCUAUCAGUUUACAGGUAUCAGAUGUUAAUGAUAAUGCUCCAGUCUUUGAAAGACGCAGCUAUGAGGCCUUUGUGGUGGAGAACAACACACCAGGUCUCUCUAUUUUCACAGUGAAGGCCAGUGAUGCAGACUCCAACCAAAAUGCCCAUGUUUCUUACAUUUUAGAAGACAGCACUGUUAAUGGGGCUCCUGUAUCAUCAUAUGUCUCAAUCAGUCCUGACAGCGGAGUCAUUAGUGCUUUGCGUUCUUUCGACUUUGAGCAGUUGAAGCUCUUCCAUUUCCGCGUAAAAGCACAGGAUAGAGGCUCUCCUCCAUUUAGUAGUAACGUGACAGUGACUAUUAAAAUCCAAGAUAAGAACGACAACGCUCCUCAGGUUCUGUAUCCAGUACAGACUGGUGGCUCUCUGGUGGCUGAGAUUGUGCCUCGUUCAGCAGAUGUUGGCUAUCUCGUGACUAAAGUGGUGGCUGUUGAUGUGGACUCUGGACAGAACGCCUGGCUCUCCUACAAACUACAGAAAGCUACAGACAGAGCGUUAUUUGAAGUGGGACCACAGAAUGGAGAGAUAAGGACUGUGCGCCAGGUCACCGAUAAAGAUGCUGUAAAACAGAAGCUCACUGUUGUUGUGGAGGAUAACGGACAGCCAUCUCGUUCAGCUGUAGUAAAUAUUAAUGUAGCUGUAGCGGACAGUUUCCCUGAAGUGCUGACAGAGUUCACAGACUUUACACACGGCAAUGAAUACAACGAUAACCUGACGUUUUAUUUAGUUUUAGCACUGGCUGCUGUUUCUUUCCUCUUCAUUACAUGUGUUGUUGUUAUAAUAUCAGUAAAGAUCCACAGGUGGAGACAGUCUCGUAUUUUCUAUCAGUCCAAGCUCCCAGUUAUCCCGUACUAUCCACCAGGUUACACAGACACUGGAGUUACUGGAACACUGUCACACAUGUAUAAUCAUGACGUUUGUAUGACAACCAACUUGAGGAAAAGUGACUGUAAAUAUUCUACGCUUGGUGGGCAGAGUGUAUUAGUAGUGGAUCCUAAUUUCACAGAGACUAUGCAGCGUACCAUGAAGGACAAAUACUUACUGGAUGACACAGAUUCUCCAGAACUGGUAAGGAGACAUUAUUGUACAAAAGUUUGAUUACUUCUGUGAUGUAAUUUU